AUGCAAUUGGAUUCUUCAUCUUGCACUCCUGUAUAUAACCCAACAAAGGUCACUGAUUUAUGCAAGUUCAUACAAGUUGCUCUUCUGAACAAACUCAUGGAAGAAGUUAAUGUGGUUCAAACCAAAGAUGGAACUGUUACAGUAGCUUCUGUGUUUCCUGGUCAUCAAGAAGCUAUACAGCAGAGAGACCACAAAUUCUUAAGAAUUGCUGUUGAAGAAGCUUAUAAAGGGAUAGAGUGUGAAGAUGGUGGUCCUUUUGGUGUUGUCGUAGUUCGUAACGAUGAAAUAGUUGCUUGCUGUCACAACAUGGUGCUAAGGAACACAGACCCUACUGCUCAUGCAGAAGUCACUGCAAUAAGAAAGGCUUGUGAAAAUCUAAACAAGAUAGAACUUUCAGAGUGUGAGAUGUAUGCUUCUUGCGAACCUUGCCCAAUGUGCUUUGGAGCAAUCCACCUCUCACGAGUUAAGAGGUUGGUUUAUGGAGCAAAAGCAGAGGCAGCAAUUGCUGUUGGGUUUGAUGACUUCAUUUCAGAUGCAUUGAGAGGCACUGGAUUCUAUCAGAAAGCGCAAUUGGAGAUUAAAAGGGUUGAAGGCAAAGAGGGUAACAUUGCUGAAGAAGUUUUUGAGAAAACAAAGGAAAAGUUUCGAAUGUUUUGA